CCCAAGGAUUUUGCAUGGCUUCCUCUCCCUUGACACUGGUGCCCUGCCGCCGAAAAGAUGCAUCUAUCGCAUGAGCGAGGAAGAGCCUGCGGUUCUCCGCACGCAACUCGAUGACUUGUUGGACAAGGGUUGGAUCCUCCCUAGUAGCUCACCAUAUGGUGUGCACCUUCUCUUCGUAUGGAAGAAGAAGAAGGAUAUCCGCUUAUGCAUUGACUACCACAAGCUGAACGUGCAAACCGUCAAGAAUGCAGGGCCUCUUCCUCGUAUCAACGAUCUUCUUGAGCGUUUGGGUGGUGCAAAAUAUUUUUCGAAGUUGGAUUUGAAGUCCGACUAUCAUCAGAUUUCGAUACGCCCGCAAGAUCGCUACAAAUCCGCGUUUAAAACGCGGUAUGGGCACUUUGAGUGGGUUGUCAUGCCUUUUGGCCUCACCAAUGCCCCGACGACCUUUCAAGCGACGAUGACCAACGAGUUUCACGCAAUGCUAAAACGGUUUAUGCGGGUCGACUUGGAUGACAUUCUCGUAUAUAGUCGAACCUUGGAGGAUCACCUUGAGCACCUUCGACGUGUGUUGGAGACGCUCCGUCGCGCCAAGUUCAAGGCCAACCACGACAAGUGCAAAUUCUUACGUCAAGAGUUGAAAUACUUGGGCCAUUUGGUCACACUGGAUGAUAUUAGUCCAUUAUUGGACAAGAUUCAAGCCGUCCAAGAGUGGCCGGAGCCGAAGAAUAUCACGGAUGUCCGUUUGUUUCUCGGCCUAGCCAGCUACUAUCAACACUUUAUUAAAGUCUAUUCGAAAAUCGCGACUAAUUUGACCAAGCUUCAAUGCGAGGACCGACCGUUCGACUUCGACGAUGAUGCGCAGGCUUCCUUUGCGGCCCUUAAAGCCACCCUGCUAUCCGCGAAGGUUUUAUGCAUCUACGACCCGCUUUUGCCGACGCGUGUCACUACCGAUGCGCCUGACUAUGGCAUUGGUGUCAUCCUGGAGCAAAACGAUGGCGUGGACUGGCACCCGGUCGAGUACUUGAGUAAGAAGGUGCCCGCCGUGCACUCGAUUGACGGCACACGAAAGAAGGAGAUAUUGGUCUUCGUACACGCGCUUAAGCGGUGGCAGGAUUUUCUUCUUGGUCGAAGUCAAUUCCGAUGGGUAACGGACAAUAAUCAGUUGGUCUUCUACAAGACCCAAGACACUGUGAAUAGUACCAUCGCUCGUUGGAUGGCUUUCAUUGACCAGGUUGACUUCUUCCCCGAUGACAUUCCGAGAAAGUCAAACCGUUUUGUGAGCGCCCUUUCACGACGCCCGUACCUUUGUAUCGCGGUGUACUCGACAUUCGACGUUGACGAUGACUUGCAGGACAGCUUCAUCAGCGGCUCCCAAGUCGACCUCAAGUUUCGUGACAAGUAUGCAAAUUGCUCCUCUCAAAACCCGGCGCCAUGGCAUCAUCGGAUCCAAGAGGGUUAUUUGCGGGUCCACUCGCUGGGUAAGGAUCUUCUUUGCAUGCCAGGUGAUCCACACUUGCGUACGCGACUUCUUGGCGAGUUCCACGAUGCUCCCGCCACGAAACACUUUGGAGUCAAUCGUACGAUUGGCCGACUUCGCGAGCGCUUUUGGUGGGCCGGCCUUCUCGACGACGUCACAUGCUAUUGCGAGUCAUGCGAGGUUUGCCGGUGUUGCAAAUCCCGCAACCAUCGUCCGUACGGCGAGUUGCGACCACUAUUGGUCCCCCUAGGACGACGGGAAUCGAUUGCCAUGGACAUCACCGGGCCGUUCCCCAAAGCACAAGACUGGUGUGGAUGAGAUUCUCAUGGUGGUCGAUCGACUCACCAAGUUCGCCAUGUUUUUGCCUUGUUGCUAUCAUGCCAAGGCAUCGGAAUUGGCCGGGGUUCU